AUGGAGGAAUCAAUAGAUGUUAGAGGAUUACCUGCUUUGAAAAAUUUGGAAAAACUAUAUUUGACGAGUGAUAUCGGAAAAGGGUGGCAAAAUUUGACAAGUUUGGAAGAAUUGACCUUAAUGGAUUUAUCCAUCACUUCCAACGCUGUUCAAAAUAUUGGAACCCUCGCUUCUCUUAAGGACUUGGUCAUUGAUAAUUGUGUUGUCGAUGAUAGUCUUAACUUACAUGGUUUUUGUGAAUUGAGGCAGCUACAAACGCUGGCCAUCAUCAACAGUGAAUGGAAUGCUAGAUUGCCUGAGUGCUUCUCUGAACUCAUAUCACUUAAGCAUUUAGAUAUCUCUUUCAAUGGUAUUUUUGAAAAUGUAUUUAUGUUUAAGAAUCUAACGUCACUUGAGUUUUUAGAUCUCUCUCACAAUAAAUUUUCUGGAGAUAUAUCUGUGUUCAAGAAUCUAACCUCACUCAAGUAUUUAGAUCUCUUUUCCAAUAAUUUUUUUGGAAAUAUAUAUGUGUUUAAGAAUCUAAGGUCACUCGAGUUUUUAGAUCUCUCGUCCAAUAAGUUUUCUGGAGAUAUAUCUCAUUUUAGAAGUCUGACAUCCCUUCUAGAGUUAAGGCUUUGGAACAACAGCAUUGAGAUCCCAAGUUCAUUGGCUCCGUUGUUCAACCUUUCAAAACUCCAAAAUAUAUAUGCAGACAACAACAUGAUAUAUAAUGCUGAAACUGAGAUGCAUUCUUUAGACACCCCAACAUUCCAAUUGAGAUCUAUCAGUUUAUCUUGUUGCGGAGAUGGUGGAUCAUUUCCUCAAUCUCUCAAUCAUCAACAUGACUUGGAACAUGUUGAUCUCUCUCACAUCAAUUUCAAGGGAGAUCAGUUCCCAAACUGGUUGUUGGAAAACAACAAGAAAUUAGAGAGACUAAAUCUCGUCAAUAGCUCUCUAUCGGGACAUUUUCUGCUACCAUCGACUUCUCGUAGGGGUUUAUCACGGUUGGAUGUUUCCAGUAAUACCCUAGAUGGCAACAUCCCAAAUGAAAUUGGAGCGAAACUACCGUCAUUGGAGCUUCUCAACAUGUCGAAUAAUUUUUUUACCGGUGGUAUUCCGAUUUCGAUUGGUGAUAUGAUUUCCCUUCAACAAUUGGACUUGUCCAACAAUAAAUUGAGUGGUGGAAUACCGAGGCACUUGCCCAUGGGGUUGUUUACAUUCGAUGUUAGCAAUAACCAACUCUUUGGUGAUAUACCAAGCUCCAUGGAGAAUCUGUCACUUAUGUUAACAUUGGAUUUAAGCAAUAACACACUUUUCGGUGGGAUACCAAGGUGGAUCGGAAAGAUGUCAAAUUUGCAGGAACUUGUGAUGGCAAAUAAUCAUUUUGAAGGUCCAAUCCCCAUGGAACUUUGCAAUCUCAACUCUAGUCUUAAAUUUUUGGACCUUUCUGCUAACAACAUAUCGGGAAGUUUGCCAUCUUGCUUCAUCUUUUCAAGUCUCACUCAUGUUUAUUUAUCAAGAAACAAGUUAAAAGGGCCGAUCACCAGUUUUUUAAACAGCAAUUAUUUGGUGACAUUGGAUCUUAGCAACAACCACUUAACUGGAAAUAUUCCAAAUUGGAUUGGCACCCUUUCUGCGUUGGUUUAUCUUCUCCUAGAUAACAACCACUUUGAAGGUGGGAUUCCGGUUCAAUUAUGCAAGUUAAAUCGGUUAAGGUUGAUUGAUGUUUCUAACAACAAUCUUUCUGGUACAAUUCCUCCUUGCUUGAUGAAUACAAUAUCGAAUGAUAGCUCCCAUGCUUAUUAUUCCGACGAUGAUUACAGCGGUUACAUCGGAUCUUUCUCUGCUGAUGUGCCGAUAGAGUUCACCAUGAAAAGCAUAUCCUACUUUUAUAAGGGAAGAGUUCUCACUUACCUGUCCGGAAUUGAUCUCUCUUGCAACAAGUUGACUGGUGAGAUUCCCCUCCAAUUCCAGAACUUUCGAUACAUCAUCGUUUUGAAUUUUUCUCACAACAGUUUGAUAGGACCAAUCCCUCCAGCAAUUUCUGACUUAUCCCGAAUUGAGAGUCUGGAUCUUUCUCACAACCACUUGAGCGGGAAUAUUCCUUCCCAACUUCUGGGGUUACAUUUUUUGUCCGUUUUCAGUGUGGCAUACAAUAAUUUAUCUGGAACUACACCUCAAAGGACCGGACAAUUUGCAACAUUUGAAGAAAGCAGUUACGUGGGGAAUCCUUUCCUUUGUGGUGAACCAUUGCCAAAGAAUUGCUCAACAGAUGGAUCAUCUUUAUCGAUGCCGAGGAAUGCAACUGACGAGGGUUUCAUUGACAUGAAAGUCUUUUAUGCAAGUUUUGUUGGGUCGUACAUUGUCAUGCCAUUGUGUAUUGCCAUUGUGUUGUACAUUAAUCCUUACUGGAGACAAGCAUGGUUCUAUCAUGUAGAAGCAGCCACCAUGUCCUGCUACUAUUUUGUGCUCGACCAUAUUCUGCCUAAACGAUUCCGUUAAGGAACCAUUAGCCAAGCCAUGCUCAGUCCUCCACCUUUUCUUUGUCAAUGGCGUACUUGAUUUAGUGCUUUGUCAUGCUCUCAAUAAAAGCUUUUUAUG